GAAUCAGAGACGGGUGGGGGCCGGAUUCGGGCGAGGCGGCCGCGGGAUGCUCGUCCGGCAUUGAGGGUUGGGGGGGACGAAGAGACGCCUUCGCCGGUGGGGAAGGUUGGAGGAGAAACAGCGCUCGACCCAGCGGGACUGGCCAGCCAGCAGGGAGGAACCAGCCGGCCGUGGCGGGGGAAGGAGACGGCUGCCGUGUAACUGAGCGAAAGCGAGGCGGAGCCGCGCCUCUGACGAUUAGGAAAGGCGGGAUCAGCGCCGGGAAUAGCUUCAGCUGCCUUUGACAAGCGGGAGGAGACCAGCUAGCCUGCAGGGAAGCAGGUGGACGCAGCAGCGCUGAUGGAGCCCACCGCGUCCGGCAGAGGGGGCGAGGACGAGGGAGAUUAGCGGGACGGGCGGCGGCAGAGGAGGAAAAGGAGGGCACGGCUACCGCCGCAGUGAGAGACCGUCAGCGAGCGAGCGAAGGAGAGAGCAAGGCGGGAGCAGGGAAGGGAAGCGGACCUGGAUCCUGGUGCGGGAGGAUGGGUAACGCCGACUCCAAGCUCAACUUCAGGAAGGCUGUGAUCCAGCUCACCACUAAGACCCAGCCCGUAGAGGCCACAGACGAUGCCUUCUGGGACCAGUUCUGGGCAGACACAGCUACUUCAGUUCAAGAUGUCUUUGCUCUAGUUCCAGCUGCAGAAAUCAGAGCUGUGAGGGAAGAAUCUCCUUCAAAUUUGGCUACUUUGUGUUACAAGGCCGUAGAAAAACUAGUGCAGGGUGCAGAGAGUGGCUGUCACUCUGAGAAAGAAAAGCAGAUUGUCCUGAAUUGCAGCCGUCUCUUGACCCGCAUCCUACCGUAUAUAUUUGAAGAUCCCGAUUGGAGAGGUUUCUUCUGGUCAACUGUUCCAGGGGCGGGACGAGGAGGGGGAGAUGAAGAUGAUGAAAAUGCUAGGCCACUGGCUGAGUCACUGCUUCUAGCCAUUGCAGAUCUGCUUUUCUGUCCAGAAUUCACUGUCCAGAGCCAUCGAAAAAACAAUGUGGACACGGCUGAAGAUAUCCAUGCAAUUGAUAGUUGUGAAUACAUCUGGGAGGCUGGUGUUGGAUUUGCUCAUUCACCGUCACCCAAUUUUAGCCAUGAUUUAAAUAGGACAGAGCUAUUGAAACUUCUGCUGACUUGUUUCUCAGAGGUCAUGUACUUGCCUCCCUCCUCCGAUAGCAGCAACACUAAUCCCUGGGUCCAGUUCUUCUGUUCUACAGAGAACAGGCACGCCCUUCCGCUUUUUACUUCCCUCUUGAAUAUCGUUUGUGCUUAUGAUCCAGUGGGUUACGGGAUUCCCUAUAACCAUUUGCUCUUCUCGGACUAUCGUGAACCGCUGGUGGAGCAGGCGGCUCAAGUCCUUAUUGUCACAUUGGACUAUGACACUUCUACCAGCUCCAGUCCCACAGUAGAUGGCACUACCACUGGAACAGUCAUGGAUGAUACCGAUCCUCCAGGACCAGACAACCUGUUUGUCAAUUACCUGUCCAGAAUACACAGAGAAGAGGAUUUCCAGUUUGUUUUGAAAGGAGUGGCUCGUCUGCUAUCCAACCCUCUGGUCCAAACGUACCUGCCAAAUUCUACUAAAAAGAUCCAGUUCCAUCAAGAGCUCCUGGUUCUCUUCUGGAAACUCUGUGAUUUCAACAAGAAAUUUCUCUUCUUUGUUCUGAAAAGCAGUGAUGUUUUAGAUAUUCUGGUGCCAAUCCUCUUUUUUCUUAAUGAUGCUAGAGCAGAUCAAUCUCGAGUUGGUCUUAUGCAUAUUGGUGUCUUCAUCUUAUUGCUGCUGAGCGGGGAAAGAAAUUUUGGUGUCCGCCUCAACAAGCCAUAUUCUGUACGAGUACCGAUGGAUAUUCCUGUCUUUACAGGGACACAUGCGGAUCUUCUCAUCAUUGUUUUUCAUAAAAUCAUCACUAGUGGACAUCAGCGGUUGCAGCCCCUGUUUGACUGCCUCCUUACCAUCAUAGUGAAUGUAUCUCCAUACUUGAAGUCUCUUUCCAUGGUAGCAGCUAACAAAUUGCUGCAUCUAUUGGAAGCAUUUUCAACUACUUGGUUCCUUUUCUCCAUGGUCCAAAACCAUCACCUUGUCUUCUUUUUGCUGGAAGUCUUCAACAAUAUCAUCCAGUACCAGUUUGAUGGUAAUUCCAAUUUGGUAUAUGCCAUUAUUCGCAAGCGAAAUGUAUUUCAUCAGCUGGCCAACCUGCCUACUGACUUGCAGUCUAUCCAGAAAGCUUUGCAACGCAAAAAGAAAGCUCCUGAGCCCAUCUCUCGUACCAACUCUCAGGAGGGGAUGUCCAUGGAAGGGUCACGACCUGCUGCACCUGCAGAACCUGGAACACUAAAGGCCAGCCUAGUAGCAACCCCAGGCAUUGACAAACUCACAGAGAAAUCUCAGGUGUCAGAGGAUGGGACCAUGCGCUCCCUAGAGCCAGAGUCCUCUCAGUCUCCAGCAGAAGAAAGCCCACCAGGCAUGGCCAGUGAUACUGAAACUUGGAAUAUGGAGUCCUCACAAUCCAGACGGGAUCGACGACGUCUGUCCAGCACAUCCUCAGUUGGGCAGUGGAAUCCAACUCCUGAAUGGGUGGUGUCUUGGAAAUCAAAAUUGCCCCUGCAGACAAUCAUGAGGCUGUUGCAGGUCCUGGUUCCCCAGGUAGAAAAGAUUUGUAUUGACAAGGGCCUUACGGAUGAAUCUGAGAUUCUGAAAUUCUUGCAACAUGGCACAUUGGUGGGGCUCCUUCCUGUCCCUCAUCCCAUCCUGAUCCGGAAAUACCAGGCUAAUUCUGGUACCGCUAUGUGGUUCCGCACUUACAUGUGGGGAGUUAUAUAUCUGAGGAAUGUGGAUCCACCUAUCUGGUAUGACACGGAUGUAAAGCUGUUUGAAAUUCAGCGUGUUUGAAGAACGGAACUUGCCUCCGAUUGAGUAGAAACACUGGAAACAAGGAUCUCGCUGUGUGCUUGUUCAUCACAGCUCUUUCUUCAUUUCACUGCCUCCUGCAUGUUCUAGAGGACAAUCACAGCCAUUUCCCUUCCACUUUUAAAACUCAGCAGCCCUUCCUAACUUUGCCCACCCCCCAAGAAAAGGUGUGAUGGAAAGUUGUUGAAGGAAUGGCCAUUGUUAGGAAUCAUACUGAAAACCAAACAAGAGUUUAAUCAAACCUUCCCCAUGUUUUUUGGUGCAAUUUUGAAUCUGACUAGCUAGAGAAACCAUCUUUUCACUCCCUGGUCAGAUUCAGCCUUUAUGUAGAAAGACAGUGAAUGUAAAGAAUUAGAAAGUGGACCAGUGAAGGAAGCUCAACUGCAAGAAGUAGCUUUGUGGUUCUUUUCCAAAGAAUGUAGGCUUUCAGCCCUUCCUUUCCAAUCCUCUGUUCCCAGGGCCCCAACUGUUUUAUUGCAUUGUAUGAGGGACGAGAAGGAGUUUCCUUUAGGAGGUGACUGUUGACCCAACAGUCUACUUAUUUAUGUUACUUCAGGGAAACAUUUUGGUUUUGUUCACUCUCCCUCAUGAAAAUGUGCUUAAUUCCUUUGUCCUGAUGUUAUUACGGAACAUUCAAAUUCCAUUUUUGUUUGUUUUCCCAACCUUGUAGGAACUCCUUUUAAAUAUGGAUAUGUGUCUUAAAUACAUUUCACAUUUUAAAAUUGGUGUUUAUUGAAAGAAUUGUUUCUGGGAAAAAUACUGUGGGACAUUUUGAGAGAUGAGGAAACGGCUUGGGCACAUGCUAUUUUCAGGGAUUUAGAAAUUAUUGUGUGGGAUUUUUUUUUUUUUAACGUAUUGAAAUGAGCAGUCAGACUGCUGGAAUGGAGUUUUAUUCUCUAGAUAGUCACAUAGUGUGGCUUGUAUUCUAAGUUGAUUAAUUAAACUAUAAUUGAUGUAAAGUAAAACAAAUUUUCCUGCUUAUAAAUUUUCAGCAUGGCCUUGCAGGAUCCAUAGCAUCAUAUUAGUGUAAGUGUGUUUUGCUCAACACUAAGGAUGGCAAGUAUGUUAUCUCCUUCUUGCCGGUUUUUAUUUGAGCCUUAACCAGAGAAUCUGAAAUAUGAGAGGCUGUUUUGACAUAGCCCUUUUUAUAAAAACUUGUCUUUUUUCAUACCUGACAUUAAACAAAUAUUGUCACCUUGUGGCAUAGGAAAGUGCAACUUAAACUUGUAAAAUUAAUUCUAAAUGCAGUUUGUUUUUUUCUGCUCAAAAUUUUUUUUCCAAAUUUUUUUUAUUACAAUAAAGUGAGCAAAUUGUAGGUGCAGUUGGAGAUUAGACUGGAUAAAUGAGAAGAUCAUUGUUAUUCCUUUUUGAGAUUUCUUCCUUUGACAUUUAUCAUUUCAUGUCCUCCUCAUUAACAAAAACCUGUAUUUAAUUCUUAUUACAUGCCGAUAGAAAGAAAUGAAGAUUAUAUUUUCCUUUGAAUGUCUUUGGUGAUGCCCACUUAAGGUUCUGAUGAAUUGCACCAUAUUUCUAUCUCACUACAGAGUGAAGAUUCUUGUAAGUAUACACUCAUCCAUGUCUUUCACCUGUAUUCACAAACACUCCCAUAUAUGUGUGUAUUCACACUUCUGUGAUGCUCCAAUAUUUUAUUGUAUAUUAAUGUGUGGGUUUUUUUGUGUGAAUUUAUCUUGACUUUUUCUUUCUUCAGAAUGGCAUCUCUGCUCUUUGUUCCCUGAAGAAUCAAAAUUGCACUAUAAACUAUUUACUUUACAUAUGGAGAUAAAAUUAUCUUAAACGCUG